AUGGCUCUUAUGGGAGGUCUUCUCCUCCAGGCUCCCAGCACGGUGACACUGCUGGGGGCUGUGCUGUUUCUGCUGGUCCUCUACCUCUUCUCUGGUUCCAGCUCUGAGGAACAGGGAAGGAGCCUUCAGGACCCAGGCCGCUGCCCCUGCUUGCUCUCCAAGAAAUAUGGUUCCAUCUUCACGGUUCAUUUUGGACCCAAGAAAGUGGUUGUUCUGGCAGGAUACAAGACGGUCAAGCAGGCGCUGGUCAACCAGGCAGAGGACUUUGGGGACAGGGACAUCACUCCUGAAUCUGGAAAUAUGGAUUCUUUCUACCAUGACAACAACCUGGUAUUUAGUGUUGGUAACCUGUUUGGUGCUGGUACCGACACCACCGGGACAACCCUGCGCUGGGGUCUGCUGCUAAUGGCCAAGUACCCCCAUAUUCAGUACCGGGUUCGGGAGGAGAUCAGCAGGGUCAUAGGAAGUCGUCAGCCCUUAGCAGAGGACAGGAAGAACCUGCCCUACACUGAUGCAGUGAUCCAUGAGACCCAGAGACUGGCCAACAUUUCACACAUGGCCAUCCCUCACAACACCAGCCGAGAUGUCACCUUCCAGGGAUACUUCAUCAAGGGGACAUCUGAUUCCUCUACUGACGUCGGUCCUACAAGGCAAUAGCGAAUGGGAGAGCCCCCACACUUUUAACCCCACCCACUUUCUGGAUGAGCAGGGAGGAUUUGUCAAGAGGGACGCCUUCAUGGCCUUUUAUGCAGGUAA